CCUCCCGGAGCUUCCGAGUUUAACGUCAAUACUAGCACGACUACCUUAAACCGCAUUAAUGUUUACUUUCAGGGUUUCCUUUCCUUUUGUGUUUUCGUUCGGGGGUAAAAUUAGUUCUUGUGUUUGAUUUGUUUUUUAGUUCCGGUUGAGUUUAUAGGAAAAGGUGUGAAAGAGAUGAGCAGGAAUAUUAACAAAAGAGCUCCUACGACAGCAACACAGAGAUUAAAACAGGAUUACCUGCGAAUAAAGAAAGACCCUGUUCCUUACAUAUGCGCAGAACCGCUGCCUUCAAACAUCCUGGAAUGGCAUUAUCUUGUUCGUGGUCCUGAGAACACACCAUAUGAAGGCGGUUAUUAUCACGGGAAGCUCAUAUUUCCUAGAGAAUUCCCGUUCAAACCUCCAAGCAUAUAUAUGAUCACGCCGAAUGGCAGGUUUAAAUGCAACACAAGAUUGUGUCUCUCCAUUACUGAUUUUCACCCUGACAUGUGGAACCCUGCAUGGUCCGUGUCCACCAUCCUCACCGGCCUCCUGAGCUUCAUGCUGGAAAAAGGUCCCACUCUGGGCAGCAUAGAAACGUCAGAUUUUACAAAAAGACAGCUCGCCUCACAGAGCCUCGCCUUUAACAUUAAGGACAAAGUGUUCUGCGAGUUCUUUCCAGAUGUGGUAGACGAGAUCAAGCAGAAGCAGCGGCUGCAGGAAGAGGGGAGUUCCCGCCCUCAGACCCUGCCUCUGCCCGACGUCGUGCCCCGCAGCGAGGCACAGAACGGACAUGUCCCUGCCGGUAUAGCCCCGCCCCCUGAACCUCAACAGGUACACCGCCACAACGGACUCCUAGGAGGAGCGCUCACGAACCUGUUUGUCAUUGUCGGCUUUGCAGCUUUCGCGUACACAGUCAAGUACGUGCUGCGGAGCAUUGCACAGUAAUAAACAUGUGGAGAAACGACUCUUAUGCCAAAAAAAUAUAUAUAUAUAAACUGUCCAAAUCAAAACCAAACAGGGCUAAUGGUGGGAAAAGGAAUUGCGUGAUACAGCGAUUUCUUGGCAUACAAAUUUAAUCUGUUCAAGUUCAUAAGGCGAAAAUGAGUGUAGCAAAACACAUUCUCCCAUAGGACAUAAUGUAAAUGCAAAUUAACUCUUUAUUAAUUAUUUUAUCAAAACAGACAUGUAAAUGAAGUAAAGUAUGUAAUAAAUAGACAUUUAACUACUCUUUAACUUAUCUUUUAAACUUUCUAAACUAAAAAAACUAAAAGUGGCUCCUUUUUUUUUUUUUUUUUUUGCCGUUUUUGAUGAAUGACAUUUUUUAAGACUCAUGGUACUACUGUAUCGACUAAAUCUUGCACCAACCCCCCCCCCCCCCAAAAUACACAAAAAAAUCUGUAAAUUCACUUUUUUUUUAUUUCACUGAUGGCAAAACAAGUUUUAAACGGCUCCCGGAUGUACACACAACUUUACACAAGUUCCUGCAAAAUUUCAGUCCUUCAUUCAGGUGAAAAUUUGUUAGGCGGGCUGUUCGUAUGCCGAGGUACCACUGUAUCUUUUUUACAGCUAUAAGGACUGGUUCGGCGACUUUUCUGUAUUCAGCCUCACGUCGCACCAGGAAUUAUUUUCGCAGGAUUCAUUUCCACAUGGCACUUUUAAAAUUAUUUGUGUGAAGGAUGAAGUUUUUGUGUGAAAUCAUUUUGCUCUGUCUUUGUCGUGUGCCUUUUAUAAUCCUUGCUGAGGCUGUAUAGUUGCACUUUUUUGAUGAAAUACAUAAAAAAAAGAGAUAAAUAGAUAUGUCAUAAAUAUUGUUUUAUUUUGCAGUUUAUUUUGUACUUUUGGUAGAAUAAAGAACUGCAGCAGGGGUUAGAGAAUGCUGAAUCGGAUGGUUUGAAGUGAAAUAAGUUAUGAAUGUUUGAAUCUUGCACAUAGGAUGGUGCUUAUAUUUAAUUUUUCAGGUACAGACAAAUCUUGUAUCCUAUUCAUUGUUACAACAGUAGACAGACGUAGUUCGCCAUUUGAGCCUUGCAUUCAAGUGACACGUGGAUAGAAAUACCUAAAGAAAAACGGAUGUCACUUGUUUUUACAUCAGCAGUGAGAACGGCGUUCAGGCCGCUCAUCCAGAAGCAGAAAAGCACCAUGAAAGUCCACAUUAAACAUUAAAAAUACAGGCCUGAUUUGUCAUUUGAAUGAAUAUCCUAUAUGAUCAUGUUUAUGCACAUGUAAAGGAAGAACAUCGAAUAGGAAAUGAACUCUCUCAAACUCGAAGUGAAAAAAAAACUAUAAAAAUUAUACGGUAUAUACUUAAAAAAAACUUUUUAUAUCGGGGCAGAAAUGCACAUUAGAACCACUUUAAAACUAUAAAACUGCACAAAGAUUUUGGAAAGCAGCUAUUAAUUAAGAAAGAAGUUCAUAAUGUUCAUAGUGGAGUGGAUGGUUCAGGAAACACCCAGAUUGUGGCCUGUUACUUUGUGUGUAACCACUGAUUGCUUUCUGUUGUGUUUGCUUUCUUUUUUUUUUCUUUUUUUUUUUUGUAGAAAAUUCUGUUGGAUCUGGUCAACACUACAAUUUGUUUUGUGUAUUUUUAUAACGUUUGUUACAAUGAUGUACACACUAUAACGCACAAAAAUACCUUUAAUUCUGGCUUUUAUGGUGUAACUUGUGCAAUAUUCUGAUUUUAAAUAAAGUUAC